GCCCAGUUGCUCAAGACGCUUCCUUCCCCACCGCCAGCGCCAGUUCCUCUCCCGGUGGGGCCCUUGGAAGGCCAACGAACGCUAGCCAUCGGAGCCACCCGGGCGGCAGCUGGAAGAUCAUGGCCCAGCCCCAAGGAGACGCGAACCCGCUGCCCAAGACCUCGGACGAGCCAGCCAAGUUGAACACGCCCAGAGCCGUGCGGAUCCGCUCCUACAGAACAGACGUCUGCAGCCUUGGCAGGUACAAGGGCCAAGCCGUCGCGGACAGUGCUACCCUGUCCCGGGAGCCGAUCUUCCACAGCACCCUGUCGGUGAGCGGAGCGAGUGGGACACGCCGGCGAGGGGCGCUGCGGGAGCUGCUGGGGCUGCAGGGGGCGGCUCCCGCCGGGUGUCUGUCGGAGGAGCGCUUGGAGCCGGCCUCGCCUGGGUCCCGACGCUCGAGCGGACAGGGCAGCAGCCGAGUGUGCCUGGAGCCGAAGGAGCACGCGUGGAUUCUGGCAGCCGCGGAGGGCCGUUUUGAGGUGCUGCUGGAGUUGCUGGAGGCGGAGCCCAGCUUGCUGAUGCAGGACGACCCGAUCACGGGCUACAGCGUGCUGCACUGGCUAGCAAAGCAUGGGCGCCACGAGGAGCUCAUUUGGUUGCAUGACUUUGCCCGGCGUCGGGGACUGCCACUUGAUGUGAGCGCUCCAGGCAGCGGUGGCCUCACGCCGCUCCACCUGGCUGCUCUGCAGGGCCACGAUAUGGUCAUCAAGGUGCUGGUGGGAGCUCUGGGGGCUGACCCCACGCGUCGCGAUCACAGUGGCCACCGGCCUUGUCACUAUCUUCGACCUGGUGCUUCUUGGAGCCUGAGAGAGCUGUCCGGAGCAGAAGAAUGGGAGAUGGCACGCGACAAAGAGCACGACAACGCCAACAACAACAGCACCACCAGCACUGGGUGGUCGCUGAGACACACUCCAAGUGCAACGCGCUCCAAGUCCAUAGGGACACACUGCAAAGAGAUGGGUCAGUCAGCCAAAGAGAAGAAGGCACCAGGCAAUCAGAGAGGACAGAGCAAUGGCUUUCUGCGCCAUCUGUUCCCCUUCAUCCAGUACCGUUGAAGUGGACCAGAGAGCUUAUACUUAGGUUGUUCCUGACCCCACUCAAGUAGAUGCUCCUCCGACACAGCUUGGGCCUGUAAUGGGCAGACCACGUCUGGGCCCCCAGCCCUGUCCCAGGUCUUCUGCCACUAGCUAACUGUCGGAAGAAUCCAUCUAGAAGGAGAGCCGAGAACCAGGCUGGCCUUGAUGCCCAGUCCCAACGCUACAGGACUUAGACGUUUGGAGCAAGGAUCGUGAUCCACCUUGGAAGAGAGCGGGAAAGUUACACUUCUGGUAGCUGUUUCUAGGUAGAUUGAACUACUGAGUUCAUUGAAUAAUAUUAAAGAAACAGUUUAAGACUGUAAACUACUGAUGCAGAGCAAAUAGCUAAUACCUGCCUGCCUGGGUCUGCUGUUAGCAAAUCUCCCUGUGCUGGUAGCAUUAGCCUCUGGCAACCUGCUCCUGAGACUGGCCAGGCCUUACCAGGGCCAGGCCUAAUGUAUCAUGGAUGAGUUCUUAAGUACAUUAAAGUGGAAUUUUCUUUCUUUCCACACAACAAAGCUAUCUUUGAGUGUCUUUCUUUUUUUUCUUACUAACCACGGGGUAGGGGGGACCUACUUAUAUUUGCAGAAAAGAGGUUGCCAAUCGAAACCUUCAAGCUAGUGAUCCGUGGCAGGCUCCGAGCCUCCUUCUCCGAGCAAACGGCCAGACGCUGUGCACGAAAGGAGGGGCGUUACCUUGACUCUGAGUAGAAACACAAUUCCCCGGCUUCCUCAGCCCUGGAGUCCAGGUCUGGCUUCAGGCACGUCUCGCCCUAGAAGAGUUGUCCUGGGGGGUGAAGAGGGGCGAGUCCUAAGGGUAAAUUUGUAUUUUCCAUACUUCAUGGUGAGUCAGCCUUUGACUCAACUUGUGUCCUCCAACGAGACAUAAGUAGAAGCCCUUUCUACUGAAACAGGCCUUCCCUCAGCCCAGCUGACCUGGAACUUGCUAUACAGACCUGGCUGGCCUCAAACAUCCGUCCGUACUUCUGCCUCUGCCUCGAGAGCGCUGAAAGUGCAGACGUGUCUGUCGCCACACCUGGCUCUCGUCCACACUAAUUCAAAAGUUAAGUUUAAUAUGAAAGUUGUGGU